AUAAAUAUAAAUAUAUCAUACAUGCCACUGGGACUAUAAACAUCAUUUUCUCGGACACUUGACACCACACUUCCGGAGCCAUGGAAGCCUCUGCAGCUCUAAGCUCAGGCACGAGGACUCUGUUCUUUAGCGGGCCAUCAAAGCUAUUUCCCAGCAAGAAAUGGGAUCCUCGCUCUGGGUCUUGCUGUUAUCUGAAUUCCAAGUCCAGGGUUGCCUUGUCCGUCACCCCUGCUCGGUGCCGGAGCAGGAUCGCCUCUUCAUCGGCUCAAACUUCGUCCCCGGCCGUUCAUGUUUCGCCGGAAAAGCUUGAACGUGUAGAGACAUCCAUCGAGAAGGUAAUUUAUGGGUGUCGCUUCUUUGCUAUCCUUGCGGUCUGGGGUUCCCUGAUUGGAUCUUUUCUUUGCUUUAUCAAGGGUUGCGUUUGUGUUGUUGGAGCAUUCCAAGCAUAUGUUGUGACCCGUGCAAAGGUUAUUCUAUUGCUCGUUGAGGCUGUUGAUAUAUAUCUGUUAGGUACAGUAAUGCUAGUUUUUGGCAUGGGGCUUUAUGAGCUCUUUAUCAGCAAUCUUGACAAGGCAAAUUCAGCAUCAAAGGAUAGAUUGGCAUACAGAUCAAAUCUCUUUGGCAUAUUCACUCUAAAGGAACGACCAAGAUGGUUGGAAAUAAAAACUGUCAACGAGCUGAAAACUAAAAUUGGGCACGUAAUAGUGAUGCUUCUUCUCAUCGGUUUGUUUGACAAGAGCAAAAAGGCUGUUAUACAGUCGCCUGCAGAUCUGCUUUGCUUCUCAGCAUCAGUGCUACUUUCCUCUGGCUGCUUAUAUCUGCUUUCUAGACUCAAUGAGUAAAUUAGGUAUGAAUAGGUAGGUAUGUACAUAUAUUAUGUGCCUAGUCUUGAAACAUAUAUUAUGAGACACUUGUGUAUAUCUUUCUUCUAGUCUUUGACUAAUGGUAGAUAUCAAGGCAAGCUUUCUUCUGCUUGUCUCUAUCAAUUGCAUACUUAUUGAUUUUCCA